UCGGACGCAAUUUGCCUCCAAAGCAAAGCAGGCGCCCGCAACGGUUCUGGCCGUUGGCCGUUAUGGCCGCACCUCGGCUAUGAAAACUGGCAGGUUAGAGCAUCAGGUGCCGAAUAACCCUUCCGAAAUGUCGGUUUUCAUACCGCUACAAAGUGUAACGGCUUUUGCACCGUCCCGCAAGCAGUAUCACCUCUUUCCACCCUCAAUCCCUCUAUCGCUGGUAAAAUACGAAAGAUCUUUGAUCAUCGGAAAAUCCAUGCAACCAAACUGUAAAUCAUCAGAUUCCGAAGAAGCCCAUUUCAAGAAUUCAGAGAUCUUGAAUAAACGUACUAGAUUUUUCGACAUCGAAGGUGGGAAUUCGAAGAAAUUUGGCUUUUUGAAGAACCCGGCAUUGGUAGCGGAUGUUUCUUCAAUGGGUUCAGUAAUCAGAGAGUGGACUGAGAUCGGAUUGUACGAGGAUGCAAUUGGGCUUUAUUUAGAAAUUUUGAGUUUUGGCGUUCCGGCUGAUGAGUUCUCAUGUUUUCCGUGUUUGAUCAAGGCGUUUGGCAAGCUCCGAGAUUUGGGAAAGGCAAAACAGAUUCAUGGGCAUGUUUUAAAGAUUGGGGUUGCGAAGGAUGUUUACAUCCAUAAUUCCUUGUUCGCGAUGUAUUGGGAAUGUGGUGCGGUUGAUGAUGCAGUGGACAGGUUUGAUAGAAUGCCUGAACUAGAUACAGUCUCGUGGAAUAUAAUGAUAUCGGGUUUUAACCGGUCAAUGAGGCCUUUGGCCGCCCUCAAAUUUUUUUCUCAGAUGCGAGAUUCGGGUAUGAAGCCGAAUCGGGUGACUUGUCUUUCAGCUCUGUCGGCAUGUGCUUCUUGUGGGUCUUUGGCUACUGGGCGGGAGAUACAUGCCUUUGUUGUGAAAAAUGGGUUGGAUUCUGAUGUUGCUUUGGUCAGUGGGAUCGUCGAUAUGUACAUGAAAUGUGGGGAUUUAACAAAUGCAGAGCACGCUUUCACAAGAACAAGGAUAGGAAGUAAUACGGUUGCUUGGAAUGCGAUGAUUUCAGGUUAUGUUUACAACAGGUGUCCAGUCGAGGCAUUGAUAUUGUUUCACAAAAUGCUCGUAUUGGGCGUAGAAUCUGAUUUCCCAACAAUGGUAUCCAUUCUAGUAUCAUGUUCACAUUUAUCAGAUCUUGAAGUUGGACGGCAAAUCCAUGGCUACCUUAUCACUAAUGGGUUGCAGAAUGAUGUAAGGGUUGAAACAGCGGUUUUGGACAUGUAUUUUAAGUGUGGCGAUAUUGAAGCUGGUCUGAAAAUAUUCAAACAGUUCCCGAAUAAGAAUUCUGUUACGUGGGGUGCUAUAAUCUCUGGUUGUGCUCAAAAUUCCCUUCCUGCUAAGGCAUUGGAACUGUUUUCUCAGUUCAUUUCUGUAGGAGGCAGAGCAGAUUUUCUCACUGUUAUCUCUGUUCUUCGAGCAUGUUCAUCCAUGUCCCUUAAGCUCAAUGGCAUGGAAAUCCAUGGAUUUUCGAUCAAAAUGGGAUUUGAUUCCGAUGUUUUUGUUGGUGGUGCACUGACUGAUAUGUAUGCAAAGUGCGGAGAUAUCAGGUCUGCUCGAAAGGUGUUGCUUAGAUUACCAAAGAGGGAUGUGGUGGCAUGGAAUGCUUUGAUAGCUGGGUAUACUCAGAAUGAUUAUACAGACAAUGCUCUGAUGGGAUUUCGAGAUAUGCAGCUUGAACAUGUGGGACCCAAUACUGUAACCAUCUCAUGCAUUCUCACCGUCUGUUCACGGCUAUCGGCAUUUGUCCUUUGUAAACAGAUCCAUUGUUACAUUUUACGAAACGGUUUGGAAUUGAAUGUUCCUGUUAGCAAUUCCCUUCUAGCUACUUAUGCUCGAUGUGGGGAUAUAAACAGUGCCCUUUAUUUGUUCCGGAAGAUGCCUGAAAAGGAUGAAAUUUCAUGGAAUUCGAUGAUAUCUGGGCUUGGAAUGCAUGGCUGUACGGAUGAAGUGUUUGCAUUGUUCUAUGAGAUGAAAGCCGUGGGCAUGAAGCCUGACCACAUAACGUAUACUUCUGUUCUUUCUGCAUGCAGCCAUACAGGGAGGGUGAAUGAAGGGUGGCAACAUUUUAGAAGCAUGAGUAAUGAAUAUGGGAUUCUCCCAACACUUGAACAGUAUACUUGCAUGGUAGAUCUGUUGGGCCGAGCGGGCCAUCUAGAUGGAGCAUAUGAUCUGAUCAUGCACAUGCCUUGUGAGCCUGAUGCCUAUGUCUGGGGUUCAUUGCUCAGGUCUUGCAAAAUCCAUGGGGAUAAACUGUUAGCAGAACAAGUGGCGAGCCAAAUUUUCAGAUUCAAUGCAAGAAGUACUGGAUACCACGUGCUCCUGUCUAAUCUGUAUGAAGAUUUUGGGGAAUGGGAUGAUGUUUCAAGGAUUAGAGCAGGCAUGAAAGACACAGGCCUGAAGAAAAGGCCUGGAUGCAGUUGGAUUGAAGUGAAUAAUGAGGUUCAUGUAUUCCUUGCUGGUGAUCGCUCACAUUCUCAAUCAGAGGACAUAUAUGCCGUCCUUGAAAUAUUGACAGAAAAUAUCGAAGAGGAAGGAUGCAGCCCAUAGAUACAUUCAGCAAGCAAAGGACAUGAGAAAGCUACCUAGAGAAGCAAUCUUCCAUUAUAAGUUGUUGGAAACCAGCCGAUUGGUAUCAAUAAUUGCUGCAGGACCUGUGCUUGCUUAGGCCAAGGAAUGUGAACUUGCAAAGGAUGGUCUCAGAAAAAACACAAGCACCCCACACAUGCCAAUUCAGCACACAUAUGUGAGUCUGGACCAUUCUUUCUAGCUGUCUGUAGUGAAUGUGCUCAAAUCUUUGGGUGGGCCACACAUGAAAAAAAUGGACGUUUAAAUGAUAUGUGCUAGAAAAUUUCCCUGAUCAGGUGUUAUCAGUCUCAUCGGCUUAAGAAUUUCGCAUGGUUAACAUUCAGCUCCUUUUGUCGCCAACUGGAUGAGUAGAUAGGCCUGGUCUUUGGAAUUGGAAGCAUUCACCAAGGGGGCCUCUGCGUGCAUUUUCCACCUGCCAGCUUGCAUUUGGAAUUUACAUUUGUACAAGAUAGGUAGGUAUGAUUCAGAGACAUCCAAGAUACAGGGACAAGGGAUUGUAUCAUGUCGCAGCAAUGUGCACGGGUAAUACAAGCUUAUAUGUAUCAGCCAAAGGAAUGAGGACAUUGACAAGAAUGAGCAAAUCUACAAAGCAAUAGUUCUGCCCAGUGCCAGAAUGAUAAAAUGAAGAAGCUGAUGAGGAAUUCAAAUAACUAUUUGAUGUUGGUUCUUCUAGAAGGACUCAUAUGAUGCAUGAGAAUCCUAGAAAUGGUGGGAUUGGUGCCUGUAGGCCAAAAGUUCUUGAAGCAGAUGUGUAGUGGAUGGAGAUGAGAAGUCUUGUUUCAAACAUGGUUGGCAAAAUAGGAUUUGUGAAGCUGAGACCCAAAAUAGCUAUGAUGACAAUGAUAUGGUGGAGUCUAUGAAGUUCCUCCAAUGCCAGAAUGGAGGACUAAGUCGAUGAUGAAGAAUUCAUAGAGCUGUUUCAUGUUGGUUUUUUUUCUCUAGAAGAGCCUAGAUGAGCGUGUGGUGCUUGAGAGUCCUGGAAAUGGUAGCAUUGGUGCCUGUAGCCUGAAAAUUCUUUAAGCAGAUUUGUAGCCUAUGGUGAUGAGAAGUCUUUUUUUCUGAAUAGGAUUGACAAAUAGGAUUCAUGUAGCUGACCAAGAAUGGCUAUGAUGACAAUGUGAUGCUGCGAUGGAGUGUAUGAAGUUCCUCCAAUUCCAUAAUGGAAGAUGAAGAAGCUGAUGAAGAUUUCAAAUAGCUGUUUCAUGUUGGUUCUUCUUAAAGGACAUGUGAUGCAUGAUGGCCCUAAAACCCGUAGCUUUGAUGGCCAUGGCCCAAAACUUUCUGAAGCAGAUGUGUAGUCUACCGUGAUGAGGAGUCUUGCGUUAGAUAUAUGAUUGACAAAAUAGGGUUCUUUUAGUUGACCCAAAACUACGAUCAUAUGGAGUAGUCUAUCUAUGAAGUUGCUCUUAGACUAAUUUGCGAAUUAUUGAAUACUUGAUGAAUUAUUUA